CCAAAAUCAUCUACAGGAAACGAAAGCAAUUUAUUCUUAUUUUAGCUUUGUGGACACGCUCUGCUAGCCUCUCGUCGCUCCCCAAACACAAUAAAAGCCACAAUGGGGCGUUUGGUUUCCUCUCUUGGCGAAGGGCCAGGUAUGUUUGGCUUGCACUAUAAGUUUAACAGUGUUUACGUAGCAGUAGCCGUAAAAUGAGUGACAGGAGAAUAGAAAGAGGGAUGAGACGUCUGGAGAGGAGGACCAAGUACUUUCGGGUCUUUUACUGUGAAUCUUUGCGCUUUUGUGCGUCCUAGACACGCCUCCAGGGGUCACCUUGGAAACCACGUCUUUUACUGCUGCCCAGCCGUAUUUAAAUGCCGUUUUUUUGGCUCCAGAGAUGCGCAAGAAUAUUCAAUGCCAAGAAGUGGACACAGAAAAAGGUUAACAACUAAACUUGUGCUGUAUUCUGGAGAGGUAAUGCCAAGUUGCAUGAUGGAGGAACAACUGCGCCAAAUUGUGGGUGAAGAUUUGCAUAAUGCGCUAAUCAACACGUUGACAGAGCGCAUGCGGGGGUUAGAAUCUGUCAAACUCUCCCAGGAUCACCGAAAGGGAAGAGUGGGUGGAUGCACGGAAGCAGCAGGUAGAGGCGGGAGAGACGUGGAUGGGAGCCGAGCAGCAGAGACGGUGGUGAUGGAGCAAGACUCGAGCGAGAGAGGGAGAGACGACGGGGAGAAAGUUUGGAUGCGUAAAGUUUUGGGGAGCAUGAAAAAGUUGACGCUCUACUACCUUGACAGAGUGACAGCGUGGAGGGAAGUUGUCAAAAAGUGUGAGUGUAGUAACCCCGACUCGCCACGUGAGGGGAGUAAAGGACGGCACGCGAGUGAAGAAGAUCCUAUAGGUGCUUCCCUGAGUACCAUCUUUCAGAAUGUGCGUGAAGACAUCAGUGUUAUUAUGGACAAACUCAACACAAUCCUAACAAGACUGGAUGAAGAAAUGCUCCUGCUUUGUUCCCAGCCCUCGGACGUUGCCCCGCCCCCACAGAAUCCCACCAGCCAAUCACAAACUCCAUCACCACCAGACGACCUGCAUUUGAUCGCUUGUGACCCGUCCACAUGUGAUGCUGUAGAUGAUGAAACUGAAUCAGAGCAACCAGACUUGAACGCAACAAUAGGCACUGAUGAAACGUUAGAUCCAGGACAACAAGAGGAGGUCAAAGGUCAACUUGCUGAUAAUGAUCGUACAUCCCUAGAGACAGAUGUAGGAGCCAAUCAUAAGGACAGUAACAAGAAAGAUGGAGUGAACCUGAAAUGGAUAACUGCUGCUCUGACAGGGCAUCUGGACGGUUCGUUCAUACCAGACGUCUGCUACGUCAGAGCCCCGGCUGGAGUGUCCCAGGCCCUACACUGUGAGGUAGUGGACACCAUCAGCUGCUUCAUGGUGACCGGGUCAGAGGAGCUGGUCAGCAGAGUAAUCCAGAUCAGGAUCCAAGAUGGUGCCCGUGUGUCCUUCCCCAUCGCAGUGGUCAUUCCCUUUUACACCCGCUACCGUGGCAACUACAGAGACAUCGCGGUGAAGGUGGUGGAUGUGGAGAGGAGAGCGAGCUACAUCUGUCCAGUAACAACUGAAGGCAACUAUGGUGGACAAAGAGGCUCCUUUGCAGAGGUGAGGGUCUACUCUCUUGGCCUGUUCGCUGUGGUCUCUUGUUUGAAAAGAGAAAACUACACUGUUCCCAGAAAGGGUUUGUCUCUGAAACUAUCAAUGGACCCAAGAAUCUGCCUCAGUUACCUCCCAGGAUCCUUCACCGCCCCCGUAAUGGCACAAGCAAUGAUCCAGCCCUUAGAUGCAGUCCUUCUUUCUGCUGUAAAAUCCAGGAGUGAAGACAAUCACGCUGUGGUCUCUACCAGCCCUGUUCUGUACCUGACCCACCCGACCUGUCAGCCCUUAAGGAGAGCCCUCACCAUCACGCUCCCCUGUGCCCCGAAACCCAAACAGAAGCCCAGAGCGUUAGACGAGAUGGUGCAGUCCUACAGUCAACACAUGACCACUGCCUCAAAAUGGAAUUCAACCAGCAGAAUCAGGAUGCUCCCGGAUUGUGCAAAGUCAACUAAAGAGAUUCACAAUGAGUUCCUGGUUCUUCUGGGGUUCAGAGAUCAACAGUGGAGCUCUUUGGAGAAGAUCACCGUCAGGAACCAGCAAAAAGGGCUGGUCUCCUUUGAACUGACUGAGAACUUUGACAGGCUCCUCGUAGUUCGUCUCCUCUCAACACUAAGCCCUUGUCACCUUGUCUCGUUGGUUGAAGAUCUAGAGGAGGCUGUGAAUUGCCACACAGUUGCCAUCGUGAUCCUUAGGCAAAAGGAAGACCCCCACACCAUGAUGGUUGCCGUGAUGCUGAGUAAAGACCUGACCUGGGAACUGUCCAAGCUGAAGGCCCAGGGAUUCAGCAGCACCAUGGACAGCUCACUGGAGAUAACAAUGUGUGAAGGAGACCGACUGCUGCUGCGCUUCAGUGGGAACAUCACCUCAGAGAGGGCUCUUAACUCCCAGAAUGAACACAAACCUGAGUGGAUUGCCUUUCACAGCCAGCGCACCAAUCACCUCCGAGUACGCCUUUGUGUUGUGGACCCGUUCGGGAACCACAGCUCCACCCACUACAAGGGCACGGCCAUGUUCCAUAAGGUCUGCAGGGGUCAGCUGGAUGGGUCAUGUGACUGUCCAGGAACUGUGAACAUGAAGCUGCUAGGAGAGCCUAUCUGUAAACUACCUCUCACACUACCCAAGAAAGCAAAGAAUAUUAGUCAGCCGAAUGUGACUCAGGUGAAGAUUUGUGAAGAUACAACUCACUCCCUGUCUGACUCCCUCCUGCUCUGGAUCUCGGAGCAGCUGUCAGCGGAGGAGUUGUCCCGGCUGGUUCUCUCCCUGCGUCUGCGUCGGAGCGCUGCCCAGCUCGUGAAGCUCCGAGCGGGCAACAGUCUGUCUGGACAGGCCCUCCACCUCCUGCUCAUGUGGAGGAGAGCUCUGCCCGCCUCGCCGCACCAGUCCAACGCCAAUCAUCUAGCCCAGUGCUUAGCCAAGAGCGGCAGACCAGACCUGGCUCGAGAACUUCUGAUCAGACAGACUCCAAUCUCCAGCCAGACCUCAGGGGAAGUUUAGGACACAGGAAGGAAGAUGGGAUGUGUGAUGCUAACUGAAGGUACUACUCGAUCUGAAGCUCAAUGACUCAAAUUAGACUUUAAUCAGAGGUUUGGUUUAACACAAUCUGACCAUGAAGAACUGACUUAGCUGGAACUACAAGAAGUUUUUUGUUUUUUUUCUUGAGUUUUCAAACAGUCUUUGACAGUGUUUGCUAAUGUGUGAAUUGUUUCUCCAUGGUAACUUUAGUACAUUUCAUCAUGGAGAUACAGGUAGAACACCCCCAGCGUGAUGUCAAUGCAAAAUAUGAAUAAAUACAUGAAGUAAGGGCAGUGCUAUUACAGAUCCACAAGGGGUCAGUAGUGGACUAUGGGAGUGUACAAUUGUAAGCGUGAGUAGUUUUAUACAUUUUUCUCAAUAAACUAAUGUUAUUCAAAGUUUAUAUUACCAGUAUGAACAUGCAUGUUCUCUCAGGUCAUGUUGAGGAAGCAUUAUAUAUUUGGGAUUUUCUAGGUAACUAGAAACUUGCCCAAUUAAGUAUUAUAUCCAAUAAUAACUAAAAUACUGAGUAUGGAGUAGUUUGUACUAAAGAUUUGACAUUACAAGGGGACAAUAUGUAACAUAAAUAAAAGUUUAAUUAUACUAUAACAAUGUUAAGUUAUAUCUCAGUCCCAUUCAUGAGUCUGUUAUAUAACCUAUUCUUGUAAACUGUAAAAUGUAUAAGAGAAGAAGUAGUUCAAAUACACUCAACACAAAUGUUUUCUUUUUCUUUUUGUUUUGUUUGUGAACUCAAUGUUCGUUGCCUUCUGUUAGGCAUCAGUGUAUGUAGAUCAGUCAUCUGACCUUUAUAUCAGGCUGUAACAGAGUUACUAAAAUAUUACAAUUCCUAAUCACAGCAGCAGUUGCCUUACAGGGCUUCACAGAAUUGUAAAGCCCUAGCCUGCAGAAAGUCAAACAAUAAAAG